AAAAAAGCAAAACUGAAAAAUCACACACUAUAUAUAUACACAUAGGGCUAAAUCGCAAGCAUGUCUUCAAUGAGGGCACUAUUCUCUCUCAAUCGAUAACUUUCGGUUUCAGAGAAUGACAUCAAGAUCAAGUAGAAUCGGAGUAAUGGUUGAGGACAAAAUCGUUCCCGGAGAAGAGAGUUUCGAUCAGGAAAACAGUGAUGAUGAGACGACCGACGAUGAAUCUGAUGUGUCUGAGGAUUGUAGCGUUACUGGAGAAAGCUACGAUGAACGUCCCUUCAUUAAAACUCUUUUCGCCAACAGAAAAAUGUACUUGAUUGAGUGUAUUGGCAAAUCUGUUGAAUCCAUUGAGAAGGAUAUGGAGGAACUCGAAGUGCGACGUACUAAAGUAACUUGUCCUACUUCUCUAACGAUCAUUGAUGGUCAAAAGAAAUUGCUCCUUGAUAGACGCGAAAGAAUGCAGAAGAGGUUGGAAGAGGUGAAGCAUGGACUGCAGCCAGUUCAAGAGUCGCUAAAAGAAGAUAAUCAGACCUUGACUGACCUGAAAAUUGAGAUAAAUACUGAUGAGAAGAAUGAAAAUCUGAUGAUGGAGCAUGUUGAUCUGCAAGUUAAAGUGUGACAUAAAUAGCAACACUGGAAAUGAGGAGAAGGGCCAACAACUGAGGUUUGCAAGUUAAAACUUUGUUCACAUUUCAAGGUUUAGAAGUAAACGAAUUUUCUGUGGCGUAAAUAAAGAAGUGAAGUAUGAUAGCUGAUGUUGAGACUAUGAAUGACUUGUUUUGUCCUAAGAUUUGCUGUGAGUACUCUUUGGUGAAAAGCAAGUAAGGACAGAAAAAUCUUCAAAUAGUUCAUUGCAUUAGAAUGCUAAAGUGAAAUACACAAGAAUAUUGUGAGACAGCAGCUUAUUACUAGACUCGAAUCUUGACAUUCAGUUUUAAUACAAUGCUUAGUCCUGUAUUCAUCA